AUGCAACAACCUCAUAAAUUUUCAUUGCAGCUGGAAGAUGGACAAAAGAAUUCCACAGAGGCAGAAGUUGAGCUCAUUUCUCCCCAGAACACAAAUGGAAUGAGGCAGAAAUUUCAAUUGUAUGGACGUCUGUUGGGGAACUUUAUUGGCGCCCUUCAGGAUGGAAUUGGCGAUGUUACUGAAAGUGGUUCUCCAGCAAAAAGUCCUCAACUCAUCCCAAAACUCCAUUUAUCAUCACUACAGGAGAGAAGGAACAAUGCGCGGGAAUCCACAGAGAGAAAAAUUGAUGCUGAGGAAGUCACUAAAGGACCUUUGCAGGAUGAUAGGAAUCCCUUUGAGAGACUUGUGGCAGAUGGUCUGAAGUGGCAUGAAGAUUGGCGGGAGAGGAAACUUGUGUUUCUUACCACGAACAUUCUGCCGAAUUUGGUGUCUGCUUGGAGAUCACUGACAGACACCUUCAAUCCUCCUGCACCAGAUACAUCAGAAGAUUCCGGUGGGUUGGAUCUUGAGGAUGAGGAAUCCGGAGAUGUCAUGGAAACGCAGAGGCUGACAUACCUUCCGGCAAAAGAAAGCUCAUGGGAAACCCUGAACAGAGUCUUAAAAUCCUUCAGUGGCCUAGGAGCGGCCAGAAAUGCUAAAAUUCAAGAGGAUCCUACUCCUCGAGUCAAUGGAGUUGUUAUGCUUGAACUUUUUGGGUCUAUUUUUGGACUUACAUGGAAGAUUUUAAGUCAAAUUGGAGCUCUAAUGAGAUAA